CACGCCAUGCAAAACACGAACCGAAGUGUAAACGGGAGCGUUUGUUGUCGCGGUCCUCCUGUGCAGCGAGUGGUGCUGUCUCGCCAUUUGACGCCGUAAAGGAAUCGCCCUCCAUUCCGCUUCUUCCCGCGGACCGACGAGGCCCCAGCGACCCGCUCCACGGUGGCCCCAAGCGGGGCUGCGCUUGACAACUCGGGACACGCCAGGGUGAUAAAGCAUUUAAGGAUGGAGAGGGAGCGGGCCCAGCAGGGACCAACGGAGCACCAGGAGGCCUCCACUGGAAGCAGAAACAUCACCAGUGCCCCCUCCAUGCCAAGCUCCUCGGCCCCAGUUACACCCACCCCUCCCAGGCUCACCCCCAACCCCACGCUCCUCGACUCCCCUCCGCCCACGCUGACACCCACCUCCUCCUCCUCUCCUCCGCCCCUCACCCCAGCCCCCUCACUUUCUGCGUCGCACGCCCCCAAAGGCGCCGCGGCAACCGCUUCGUCCCCCCAUGCGCUCAUCCCCACCCCGCCGAAACUCACCUCCACCGCCAGCCCUGCCCUGCGCACAUACUCCCGCCCCAUCCUCCCCUCUCCACCUGGCGCCUCCAAAACAACACCCGCAUCGACCACCACAUGCAACCCUGCCCCCUCUCUCCACCCUGCCAUGCCCCUCACCCUUACCUCCUCCUCAUCAUCAUCAACUUCAUCUUCCUCAUCCCCCGCUGCUGUGGCCGGUGCUGUCCCGCCGCCCGUCUCGCCAUCUUCCUCCACGACACACGGCAACACGGCCUCUUCAGCCAAGACCUCCAACGCUCUGACCAAUGGGAACACGAGGCCCGUUCCCACGGCAACCUCGACAGCAAUCACACCCUUCCACACGCCGGCCAGCCCAACAGGAAGACAGGUGUCACAGGCCCCGCCUCUGGGCACACCUGGUCUUACGCGAGCCAAUCAGAGCCCCUCACCUGUCAGGCAGAGGGUUUCCCAGCAGACGCUGCUUUUAGGGAAAGGUCUCAAAGGGUCUGGCCAAGACCAGGUGCUGCUCAGAGCUCAGAUGCUCCAGAGCCUCAACCUGAGGCCUCCUCCCCCGGGGACCCUCACCAACCCCCCCUCCCUGCGUCUCAAACCCCCUCCCUCAGCCCCGCCCGCCCUCUCGCGCCCUCGCAACCCCCUCUUCCCCCCUCUCAGGCCCCGCCCCCAGCCUAGCGCCACGGCGACAGAGGGCCCUGCCACGCCAACGAGGCACCUCUCCGUCCCUCCUCCAACUCUCUAUUCUCCGGUGAGGGUCGUCCCUCUUCGACCCAGACUCCAGUCUCCCAACGGCCACAGAGUUGUUCUUCCGAAGCACAGCUCGUCACAGCCCCUCGCCGCUCCUCCCGCCAGUCAAAGCCCCCCCGCCAACCGUCACCUGGCUGGGUUAAAGGCCUGUCCGUUAUCUCAAACCCCGCCCCCUCGCAGCCAAUCCAAACACAGUUCAAUACCUGUGUCCAGCCCGCUGACCCCAGCCGGCCAUUUCGAACGGUCUUCAUCCGCGGCCAGGCAGCUACAAAUUAUCGCCCUCUCCUCCGGCCACCAGCCGCAACCCGGCAACAGCGCUCGUGCCUCCGUCCAAUCAGUGGCCCCGGUUGUGGAAUCCCCGGAACGUGCCCAUCAAUCUCAGAGAACUUUGCCCAGCGAGGAUGCGCUUCCCCUCUCCCUUAAAUCCUUGCUACCAAAUGCAUCUUCUCCCCUUCCCUCGCCUCCUUCCCUCCUAUCGCCCUCCUUGCCUCUUGGUCAAGCCAGCCCGCAAGAACACCCUCUUAUCCAGCAGGUGAAGAACCAAGGUGACCCAAGAAAGGGAGAGGAGCAGAGAACCGCCAGCCUGAGGGAGGAGACCAGGGACGAGGGAGGCAUGGGCGAGAAAGGAGGAGACCGAAAGGAAGCAGACAUUAUGAUGAAGAAGCAGCACAAGGAGAAACGGGGUCUUGUGACCGAGAAGGAGGAGGCUCCCGGGAACCCGAAGGAGCAGAGAUUGGAGACGGAUGGAGAGGAGGAAAGGAUGGAGGCCACAGAUGAAGGACAAAUUAAGAGCGCAGAGGGAGAAGAGGUGGAGGAGGAGAAGGAUGAAGAGGAGACGCCCAUGGAGCAGUCGGAACACCCGACCAGCCCAAAGCUGACGCCGGGCCCCAUCACGAUACAGGACUCCAGCCUAGGACCAAAGCCCGGUACGGGUUUAGUCCCCCCCCAAACCCCAGAGCCUCACAGGGACCUCCAGCCAGGGACCCAUGAGGACCUCUGUGAGAACAUGUCCACUCAAUCUGACAACCAGUCAGCACUGUCCAGCCUCUCCUCUCAGUCGCCCCCGUCCUCGCCCGUCACCGUCCCCACGCCAGACAACCCUCCUCCCCUCCUCCCCGCUCAGCCCACCCACCAGGCCGACCUCAGCGUACCGCAGCCGGAGCCUGACAAAUUCAGCCAAUCGCAGGAAGAGGCCGCGCACCUCGGCCAGGUGGAGGAUGAGGCCGAGAGCCUCGGCCGACCGCAGAGCGAGCCAUGGACGCCGAGGACGUGGCCGGAAGGAAGACAAGUCCUAACUCACCUGGUGGAGGGAUUUGUCAUCCAGGAGGGCCUCCUGCCAUUCCCCGUGAACCGCUCGUCCCUCCUGGUGCAAGACCAGGUGAGCAAACCGCAGGAGGAGGAGGUGAACGGGACCAACGGGAAGGAAGCCUUGCCGCUGAGCGAAGCGUCGGAGCGGACCGAUCCAGUGAUUCAAUCCAGCGAUUCCGAGGAAGACGAUGACGAAGACGGGGCGGCGGACAACGCAGGGACCAGGUCCAGCCACCGGGACCGGGCCGUGCUACACUGCCAGUUCUGUGGGAAGAGAGGCCACGCUCAUAACUUCAUGCGUUCCAAACGCUUUUGCUCCACUUCCUGUGCACGAGGGUUUAAUGUGCGUCUAACAAAGCGUCUGAGGGCUCUGAGUGCAGGCAGAAGAUCCGAGAGGCCCAGGCCGGCUCUGAACCGGGCCGAGUCCGUCCCCGGGAAACCGCUCCUUCUGCGGCUGCCUCGUGACCUUUGGAGCGCAGGUCGGCGGGAAAGACAGAAGGAGGACGUGGGUCAGGGGGAGGAAGAGAUGGAAGGGGAGGUGGAGGAGGCCGACGAGGGAGGCGACGAAGAUCCGGCGGUCGCCUUGACGACCAAGGUGGAGCGGCGCUCGGCGAGGAGGGCGAGGCGAAUGUCGGAGCCGGCCGUGACGACCUCGACGCCCACGACGACCUUCAAGACUGGCCCCGCCCAGUGGAGCGUGGAGGAAGUGACUGCUUUCAUUCACACGCUGCCAGGCUGCGGCGAGGUGGCCGAGUCCUUCCGUUUGCAGGAGAUCGACGGCCAGGCACUGCUCCUCCUGACCGAGGACCACCUGAUGACAAGCAUGAACAUCAAACUGGGCCCGGCGCUCAAGAUCUGCGCUCACAUCAACGCUCUUAAGAACCAAUGAGGGGGCAGAAAGAGGGGGGGGAGGAACAGGACGUAUAUCGAGAACAAAGGCAAUAAGGAGGAAGACUGGAAGAGGAAUGAAUGACGGAGGAGUUUAACUGUGAAAGUGUGCGUGGGGAGAGGAUGAGGACAGUCUCGUGUCUCGACACCGACACCGGAGGGGAGACGGACCGCACAACCUCGUGGGGGGAAUCGUUUUAAUUUAUGAGAUUAUAAAUUUGAGGAUGGCCUUAGAGGGUGGGGGUGGGAGUGGCAAGACAAUGGAGAGAAGUUUACCAGAAUACCAGAGAAUCUAUGAUGACCAUUUUUGGCCCUCCGUCUGUAGCAGGAUGUAAAGAUUUUUGUAUCUUUGUGUAUAUUUUACAAAGCCGUUGGGAGAGUGUAAAUUUAAAGCUAUUUCACGAUGGAUUUUGAACAUUUAAUAUAUAAAUUUGUCUAUUUAGUUUUUUUAGAAUACAAGGUCAACGACAAAGCUAUCCAGUAGAGAGCAUAACCAGUGUGUGUGUGUGCGUGUAAAAAAAAAAGAAAAAAAAGGAAAAAAAAGAAGAAGUAGAGUUUGUAAGUGAUUAAUCAAAAGUUUAAUGUUUUAUAUCGCUAUAAUCUCUGGACAAAAAAAAUGUCUGCGGAUGAAAAAGAAAGUCGCUAUCGGGGUAGAGACUUCAAUCGUCACAUUUUUAUCGUAUCCUGCUCGAAAUUAUUUAAUAAAUGACUAAUUAAUC